GGUAAAAUGGAUUUAAACGGCACGCUGUCAGGGCACGACUUUGGCGCUCUGGCGCAGCGACUCUUUGGGAAUAACUCAUUGUUUGCAUUUGGAAACAGCACCGCCGCUUCCAACACGGAGGACGAAGACUUGGAAGUCAAUACAGAUGUUUACUCCAGGGUGAUAGUCACUGUCAUAUACGCUGCUUUGUUCGCUGUGGGCUCUCUGGGGAACUCCAUCACGCUCUACACCCUGCUGAGCAGAAAGACGCUGCAGAACCUCCAGAGCACCGUGCACUACCACCUGGCCAGCCUCGCCGUCUCCGACCUGCUCAUCCUGGUCCUCUCCAUGCCCAUCGAGCUCUACAAUUUCAUCUGGUUCCACCACCCCUGGGUGUUCGGGGACGCGGUGUGCCGGGGUUACUAUUUCCUGCGGGACAGCUGCUCCUACGCCACCGCGCUCAACAUCGCCAGCCUGAGCGUGGAGCGCUACAUGGCCAUCUGCCAUCCGUUCAAAGCCAAGAGCAUUAUGUCCCGCAGCCGCACCAAGAAGCUCAUCAGCGCUAUGUGGCUCGCAUCCUUCGCGCUCGCCACGCCAAUGAUCUUCGUCAUGGGCCAGGUGAUGCGUAAAGGAGAGAAGAUAUGCACCUCUAUCGUGUCCCCCGUCACCAUCAAGACCGUGCUCCAGGUCAACGCUUUCCUGUCUUUUGUGAUCCCCAUGGUGGCCAUAUCUGCUCUGAACGGGGUCAUAGCCAAUCAGCUGCUUCGAAUGUUCCGGGAGGCGGAGCAAGAGAACCGAGUCUGCAUCAUUGGUGGAAAUCCCACCAUGCUGAACGUCACUGUGGAGCCCAACCGUGCUCAGUCACUCCGCCAUGGUGUUCUCGUUCUCCGAGCGGUGGUCAUAGCCUUCGUGGUCUGCUGGCUGCCCUAUCACGCUCGCCGCCUGAUGUUUUGCUACAUAUCCGACUGGUCCAAUGGCUUGUAUGACUUCUACCACUACUUCUACAUGCUGACCAACAUCCUGUUCUACGUCAGCUCCGCCGUCAAUCCGAUCCUCUACAACCUGGUGUCGGCCACCUACCGGCAGAUCUUCUUCUCAACACUCCGCUACUUCUUCGUGCCCUGCCGCCAAACUGCCAGGAUGCACCCUCAUCCCUUAACCCGCCACUCCAUCAGCAUCUCUAGCAACCACACCCUCUCCACCAACAUCAUCAAAGAGACGCCGUACUGA